CCCCCGGGCGCCCCCUGGCGGCCCCCACUUUGAAAACCACUGGACUGGAGGAUCUAUAAAAUGACUGACAAGAGGCCUAUCCAAAACACAAACACGGGCCGGAAGUCCGUUUUCCAGGCGGGUUUUCUCAGCAAAUUAAAUACACUUUUGCUAAGGCCACGGUUUAAAAAAUAUUGUUUUUAGCAUGUUCUAUAAAUCUUCCGGGUUAUUUGUACAAGUAAAGAAUAAAACUCUUCGACUACCGCACCUUUAAGGCGCCUACAUCAAACGCUAUUUACUGUUAAAAAAAAAAAAAAAAAAAUCUCUGAACACAAGUUCUCGAGCGUUUCUGAAUCAUAUGACUAAACCAAAGCGCCGCCGCCGUGUUUUAGAGUUUUCCUAUUGGUUAAAUAUUCGCUCGCGCGCCCCCUUGGGAGGCAUUUGAUUGGACACCACGUGAAUGGCGUAUGCGCUUCCUGUUCCUCUCGGGAGAAAAUAAAAAACUUUGGCGUUUCGAUGGAUUAGGUGUUGUUAUCGUUGUUUCCUGGAUAAAAAACAAAAUGACACGAAUACUGCGCGGUUUAUUUCAAACUCUCCUCCUCCUCGGGUUUGUUUCGGGAAUUCGCCACUUCCGGACUUUGGAUCAUUUACGGGCGAAAGCCAGCGACGAAACGCAAAGCAGAGCCGUGCGCGAGCUACUGGGGAGACUGUUAGGGGAAACCUCGCGAGAUUUCGUCGUGUCCGUGAACAGUUCGCUGUCCACUCGUGGUCUGGACGUGUGCGAGCUCCGUUCAGGGAGAAACGGCAAGGUUGUGGCGGUGGGAAGUAGCGGCGUGGCAGCAGCCGCCGGCGUUUAUAACUACCUGAAGUACUACUGCAACUGCCAUGUGUCCUGGUCUGGUGAUCAGUUGCGCGUGCCCCGACCUUUACCCCACAUCACGGGCGUUCUGCGAAUCAGCACGCAGCACAGAUUCAGGUACUACCAGAAUGUGUGCACUCAGAGCUACUCGACCGUGUGGUGGGACUGGCCACGAUGGCAGCGAGAGAUCGACUGGAUGGCACUGAAUGGCAUCAAUCUGCCCCUGGCAUUCACCGGGCAGGAGGCGCUGUGGCAGGAGGUUUACAAGUCUCUGGGUCUAAAUCAGACGGAGAUCGAUGACUUCUUUACGGGUCCAGCAUUCCUUGCGUGGAAUCGGAUGGGGAAUCUUUUUGGGUGGGGAGGCCCGCUGCCUCAGUCCUGGCACACCAAACAGCUCUCUCUGCAGGUUAAAAUCUUGGAGCAGAUGAGAUCAUUGGGAAUGAUUCCUGUUCUGCCCGCUUUCUCAGGGAUCGUGCCUCGUGGAAUCAUGCGCUUGUUUCCCAAAGCCAAUGUGACCAAGCUGGUGCCGUGGAGCCAUUUUAACUGCACAUAUUCCUGUGCGUACGUGCUGGACCCACGUGACCCACUGUUCCUGCGUGUCGGCUCUCUGUUCCUGUCGCAGGUGCUUAAAGAGUUCGGGACGGACCACAUCUACAACACAGACACCUUUAACGAAAUGACACCUGCCUCCUCUGACCCAGCCUAUCUGACCUCGAUUAGUAGCGCAGUGUUCACCACGAUGAUCACAGUGGACCCACAGGCCAUUUGGCUGAUGCAGGGCUGGUUAUUCAUCAGCAGCCCCGAGUUCUGGAAACCUCCACAGAUCCAGGCACUCCUCUACGGCGUACCACGGGGACGUAUGAUCGUCCUAGACCUCUUUGCCGAGUCCAUGCCUGCUUUUAACUUCACCCAGUCCUUCUAUGGCCAGCCCUUUAUCUGGUGCAUGCUUCACAACUUCGGCGGCAACAGUGGCCUGUUUGGUGCGGUGGAGCGCGUUAACUCUGGUCCUUUCGAAGCUCAGAAGUUCCCUGGUUCCACUCUUGUGGGCUUGGGCAUUGUGCCCGAGGGCAUCGAGCAAAACCCAGCCAUCUACGAGCUGAUGGCUGAGCUGGCAUGGCGCGAAGAAGCAGUCAAUUUGACCAAGUGGGCAACGCUGUACGCCUGGCGCCGCUAUGGCACCACUAACGAGAGCCUGGCACUUGCCUGGCGCCUGCUGUUUGGGAGUGUGUACAAUUGUACCAUUCCUGGGUACAAGAACCACAACCGGAGUCCUCUGGUUCACCGACCAUCUCUGAAGAUGCAGACUGACAUUUGGUACAGUCCGGGAGACGUCUACGAGGCCUGGAAGCUGCUGUUGGGAGCGGCACCUUCGCUGAUUUCUGUCGAUACGUUCCGUUAUGAUCUGGUGGACGUGACGCGUCAGGCUGUUCAGCUCCUGACAACGCAGUUAUACGAGGAAAUACGAGAUGCAUUCCUGGCCCAGAAGCUUCCAGAACUCCUGACUGCUGGAGGUGUGUUAGUUUACGGUCUCUUACCUGACCUGGACCACCUUCUUUCCAGUGACACACACUUCCUGUUGGGGACAUGGCUUGAGCAAGCACGUUCACUGGGAAUGGAUGAGCAGGAGGCGGAGCUGUACGAGCUGAACGCCCGGAACCAGAUCACACUGUGGGGACCCGACGGCAACAUCCUCGACUAUGCUAGCAAAGAGUGGGCGGGGUUAAUGGAGGAUUACUACACGCAGCGCUGGACGUUCUUCAUCAGCACUCUCAUGGACUGUUUGAACCGUGGCCAACCUUUCAAUCAGGCUGUUUUCAACAAGGCUGUGUUCCAAAUCGAGAAAGGCUUCGUCUUCAACCGGAAGAGGUACCCCUCCAAACCGAGUGGGGAUACGUACAACAUUGCUUGGAGGAUAUUUCUCAGAUACUACCCACAUGUUCUGAAGCGGUUAAAACGUAAAACACGUUAAAUGUGCAGUAAAAUUGUGCAAUAGGAUGGACAAUAUAUGCAGUAUUGUUUUAAUGUAAUAUUACACAGAUACUUUGUCUGCUAUUUCCUGUCUUGUCACAGUAGGUAAUUCUCCACAACGUGUGUGUGUUUUUCCAAGCCAGUGUUUAAUUUCUUCAGUUUCAGGUCAAAUUUUAGACGUGUUAAAUAUUUUGCUGUUGCUAUUCUGUUAUGAUAGUGCUCAUGUACAGUAAUGAAUAAGUCCUAAUAUGUGAUGCAAUUGUACAUUCAAGGACAGUACAAAAGAAGAAUGCACACAUAACUGUCUCUAUCAUUAUGGAUGUUCUCACUGUGAUGGCCAACAGGCAUAAGGAUACCGCCUUAUUUGGCCGAUUGGCUCCUGGGACCCACCUCCUCACACACUUUAAAGUGUUUAGUUUAGUGGUUGCACAACUUGGCCACUCAGCUGGGAUUCAGGAACUGGAGCUAUGCCACAGUGAAAGGAUUUAGUACAAGGUAUAUUUAGUCUGCUUUCCACCAAUCAACUAGUCAAAGUCCAUCAACGACAACUACUAAAUGCAUUAGUUGACUAAUCUAUGCACUCAGCCAUACGGUGAACUUGGAACUGCUCCCUAAUACCAAAGCAGAGCACACAAUUCAUUGGCAUGGAGCUAGAUUUAUUUAGAAUGCUAGCCACCUUCUCAUCCAAACGUAUGGCAGAAAUCAUUAUGUUUCCCAAUCAGAUUUGGGUGGGUUGUUAGGUGGGGUACCAGCUCCUGCUGAGGAUGCUAGGAUUGUUAAGUCCUCUUGACCCUGUUAACCCUGAGUAAAUUUCAGAAACGAUACCAGAUGGAGUCUUGGCGAGAGGGGCAUGAGCUCUAAUCAGACUGCAGCCUGCAAGAUCCUGAAGCUUGUGGACAGGAAAGUGUACAAAAGAGAACAGACACUGCAUCUCAUGGCCAGAGCUUCUGAGAAUGAGACUAUAAUUUGGUAAAGAUGUUUACAAUACCACAUUUAGUGACCGGUUAGAAAGCUGAUUUAUUUCAGUAUUGUUACCUUUUGCAGUACCUUACUCAAUUAACCGAUGUACUGCUUAACUGAAACAUUAAACUGUAAUUAUGGGAGCUUGGUGUUUGUCUGAAAUUUUAUAUAAAGAGGCUAGCGAUGAAAAACUAUUUUUGCACCACGAUUAAUAAAAUCCAAUCUUUUCUUAUU